UCCUCCUUCAGAAAUUCCGGAACUUAGCAUUGAUUUUGACUGUGAAGGCAUUGGAAUCAGACAUAAAAUUUCAUGUUGCGAAGGGUCUUUUUUUUCCAACGAAUAUGUUAAGAUUGAUUCACAUCACCUUUUCUUUAGAUAUUUCUCCAUUGACCGUUUUAGGGAUGAAUCCAACAACAGAUGCAGUAAGAUGGAUGCUAAUGGAUUCACUCAGGUUACUAUCAGAACCGAAACCGAGGGCUUGGAGGUGACAAAAUGUGGGGCCCAUUUGGUAUAUGAGAAAGACAUUGAAGAUCUCAAACAAAAUAUGGCUGGGUCCAGCAGCUGCAGCAUAACUGAUUAUGAGGAUGAUUUAGACGAUUCAGCAAAAGAUACCAAAAUUAAGCGACGUCAUAAUGACUAUGAUGGGGAUGGGGCUGGACCUAGUAGAGAAGAACCACACCCGAAGUGGAUACAACAGCCUAAUCUAAUUGAAAAUUGGAUUGGGAAUUUUUGCACACAAGGACAAGGUGACUCUAAUAGCGAGGAAGAGAAAUUCCAGUGAAAUUGGUAACUUUGAUGAAUUUGCAAGGCUGAUACACUAUUUUCCUCUGAUUUUUUUGGCCUAAGGUAUUUUGGUUGUGAAUCCAGCAAUGGAACUUACUUCAUAGCUUGAAGGACUUUGCAAAAGGAUUUUGCUAUUAGGCAUUGAGAAUCAGUAAAUAUGAUGAUGAUGACCCAAUCAGUGAUGAAUACAGCCAGGUUGAAUGGCAUUGUAUGCCAGCCCCAAGGGUUCUGGGAAGGGUUGAGGCAGUACAUGAGUCAGUUCGGUGAAUUGGAAAAUGUAAUGGUGAUGAAGAUAGCACAACAAAAUGUUCUUGUGGAUUUGGCUUUGUCACAUUUAGCUCUUCAGAAGAUUCUUAGAAAAUGCUUGUAUCUCAACAUUUCCAUCAUGGAAGGACACUUGAGGUUCAAGUUGCUACCCAAAGAUGGAUCUUUUUUGUGUCUUGCCUCCUCAGUUAGCAAAAUAAGGUGCAGCAGAAAUCUGGAAAUGGUUCUAAUUGUAAAUUCAGUAGACCGGCUUAUGCCUGAAAGACAUUAACUUAAAGGUUCUACAGUUGCUGUGGACUUAGGGUCUCCAAAGGUGAAUUGAUGUUGCUGUCCUAUAAACCGUGUGGGUCACUACCAGAUUUGUUGCAUCAAUACAGUUGCAUUGAGCUGUAAUUGCUAGCAGUUGAUCAAGCUUGACAGUGCAGAAGUGUGGGCUUUGUCUCAUAACAGCAUAAUGAUAUAUAAAAUUUAAGUAGACAAUAAGGCAGUUCUUUAUCUGAUAACUAAUCUUGCUUCAAGAUUGUGCCUUUUUUUACUUGACUUCUCCCUGCUCAACAAAGUUGAUCUUGUUCUGCAACUCGAUGGUCUCAUUUGUCAAUUGAUGAUUGAUAACAGGAAAUAAAUGAGCAAAAUUGUAAUGGUGAAGCAAGACCCAGUAGAACCAAAAGCUGUAAUUGGGAAUUUCAACUUGAAAUACUGAGAACAUCUGUUGAUUCUAUGCUUAAAGAUGAGAAAUCAAGUUGUAGAAUAGCCUCUUCUCUUCUUGCACUGCUGCCUUCAUUACUUUUGGGCUCUCCAUGUCUAAGUUACCGGUAUGUCAU